CGCCGCGGAGGCCAUUACGUCAAAAUAUGUGUUUCUUGUAACUCAUACUAAUGACAGUAUGGAUAUCUGCAUAUAAUUUGUUAGAGUAAUUUGUUACUUAUAUACGGCCAACACCACCUUGUUAAAUACACCUUGUUGUGAUAUCUCAAAUCUGAAUUCGCCCCAAAGUUUACAGGUAUUUUGCUUUUGUUUUUGACGGGUGCUAUGUCAAAUCAGUAAAAGCAAAAACAAAAUACAUGUAAGGCGAAAAAAUCAGCUGAUUUUAUAACAGCACUUUUAUAAAUUCGUCUUGUCAAAGAACGUAAAUCUAUAGAUAUAGAUCAAAGAACGUAAAUCUAUAGAUAUAGAUCUAUAGAUUUACGUUCUUUGGUCUUGUUCACCACGAAAAGUCAUUUUUAGUGACUAGUGACUGCUUCAGUAAGCCCAGGGUAAAUCUAGCCUCAAAAAGGGAAACCUGGUCACACUGCUCAAAUGUAACUUCAAGUGAGCAGCAAAUUUACUUUAGUGCUGAUUGUCAAUAGUACGGGUCGCAAAAACAAGAAAUUUUGUAUUAGAAAAUAAGACAACGUUAAUAAUCUUUAAUAGAUUUGCCAGUAUAGUUUUAGAAUGCUCGAGUUUCAGGAUGAGUUUACACCAGCUGAAAAAGAAGCAAUUGAAAACGAGUUUCAACGUAUAAAAGAAAAUGUCUACCUUGAUCACGCUGGAACUACGCUUUAUCCUGCAAGCUUAAUAGAUGCCUCGAGCAAGGUGCUCAAAGAUAAUUUAUUCUGUAACCCACACACUUGCAAAGUAACCGGUGAUCUCAUAGAUCAGGCUCGUUACAGGAUCCUGCAGCAUUUUAAUACAGACGCAUCCGAAUAUGCUGUGGUCUUCACAGCCAAUGCUACCGCUGCUCUGCGAAUAGUUGGUGAAUGUUUUCAGUUCGGGGAAGAUGCAAAUAACGUUGGUGCUUUUUACUACUGUCAAGAAAAUCACACAUCCGUGUUAGGAUUGCGGGAAAUAGUGGGCACAAAUCGCCAUAAUGUUUUAACCAAACACGAGAUUUUGAAGAGUCUAACUGCCGUUAACGGAAAUGGUUCUAAUUUCGACAAUAAGACAAAUGGAAGUAAUAAACUCAAGCAUAAUUCACUUGUUGCUUUUUCGGCGCAAUGCAACUUCAGCGGCUACAAGAUACCACUUGAUAUCAUUGAAGCAAUUCAAACACAGGGUUUGUCUCUUCAUGGCACACCGGUUAGAGGACUGGAAAAAGGAAACGAAGCUAAUGAAAGUAAUUAUUACAUUUGCCUGGAUACAGCUUCUUUUGUAGCAACCAAUUUCCUAGAUUUGCGAAGAUACAAACCCGAUUUUUGUUGUAUUUCAUUUUACAAAAUGUUUGGCUUUCCCACGGGAGUUGGUGCACUACUGGUGAGCAAACGUGGUCAAUCAGUGUUGCAAAAGCGUUACUAUGGCGGCGGGACCAUAGAUAUUGCGAUGACACGCCAGGAUUUUCACCAAAAACGAUCUAAUUUUUCUACACGCUUUGAAGAUGGCACCUUGCCUUUCCUCACAAUUUCUUCGGUGCUGGAAGGCUUUCGAACAUUGGAACGUAUAGUGCCUGCCACGCCGAAACGCCUGACAAUGGAACGUAUUAGCAUGCAUGUUUACCGUUUGGCUAAAUAUUGCCACGACUCACUCGCCGUAUUACAUCAUGCGAAUGGUGCGUCUCUUAUAAAGUUUUACAAUCAUGUCGGCUAUGAUGAUAUAGCGCUUCAAGGCGGCGUGGUUACCUUCAAUGUGCUGCACGACGAUGGUACUUAUGUUGGUUUUGCCGAAGUUGCUUGCAUUGCUGCAGUGCAUAAUGUACAAAUACGUACCGGUUGCUUCUGUAAUCCCGGUGCGUGCCAAUGGUUCUUACGUUUGUCGAAUUCAGACAUACGAAAACAGUUCGAAGCGGGCCAUGUUUGCAGUGAUUAUACAGAUCUGGUAGAUGGUAUGCCAACGGGUGCGGUGCGUAUGUCUUUUGGAUACAUGACUCGCCCGAAGGAUGUGGACAAAGCAGUGGCAAUGAUACGUGAUUGCUAUCUAACUACAGCUUCUGAACGUUUACGUGUCAUAGAAAGAAGAGAACUACCGGAAGCGCUACGUAAAGUAUCACAGCGCUUAAGGCCGCAGUUGAAACGCAUAUGCAUCUAUCCGAUCAAAUCUUGUGGCGCUUUUGAAGUGAGCAGCGCAUGGCAGCUCACCCGAAAUGGUUUUAAAUAUGAUCGCACUUGGAUGAUUGUCGAUGUCAAUGGAAUGGCUAUUACACAAAAACAUUUUACAAGAUUAUGCUUGAUAAGACCAAUUGUGCAUUUAAGGGACGGAGUUUUGGAGCUACGGUUUCCAAACAUGAAAUCUGUGCAGGUGCCAUUAGAAAUGCACGAAACAAAUUUUUCAAAACGUAUUGAAUCAUCUUUCUGUCAAAGCAAGGUUUGCAAUGAUUUAGUAGAGGGAUUAGAUUGUGGGGAAGCAAUAGGGCAGUGGUUAUCAGACUGCUUGGAAACGGAAGGUUUGCGUUUAGUGCGGCAAAAUUCCGAGCGCCGCUCUCAAGAUGGUGCUGCCAAGGAAAUCAGCUUUGCAAAUCAGGCGCAAUUCUUACUCAUCAAUCGCGCAUCGGUUCGGUGGUUAGCCAAUAAAGUAGAAUCGGAAAAGGAAUCUAUAGAUCAGACAGUGGACCGAUUUAGAGGAAACUUAAUAUUCGAGACUGCAAGCCCGUUUGAGGAAAAUUCUUUUGAGGAAAUUAGUAUAGGUGAUGUAAAUUUUAAAGUAGAUGGAUUUUGUACGCGUUGUCAAAUGAUUUGCAUUGACCAACAUAGUGGUUGCAAAACCAACGAGCCAUUGCGAACUAUUGCACGAGAAUUUGGUGGAAAAAUACGCUUCGGAAUUUAUUUAUCACUCAAAGGACUGGAAGAAGAAAAUGCUUUUGUCUCUUGCAAAGAAGAGGUGAAAGUACGAAAGAUAGAACAUGGUGCAGAGCAAUGAAAUAUAGAUAAUUGGGACCAAGGCUUGGCGCAUAGGAAAUAUAAUUGAUAACGAUAAUACAUUUUACAAAUAUGUAUGCAUCAAAGUGUACUUAAAUUAUAAGCUUCGCACAAAAACUUGCCAGUUUAUGAAAUCUAAGUUACUCUAUUAU